CACGCAUGACGAGGGCUGUUAGUGUCAAUCCUCGGGUGUAGAGGCUGUUUUAGUUAGCGAGCACGCAAUUUGUUAGAAAGACAAGAAAUAGGAUCCGCCGACUGGAUCAAAGCACUCGUCCAUUUGAACGUGUGAAUAGGGACGCUAACGAAACAUGAUGUCAGUUUUGGGAAGCGCGAGUCGGCUCAUUCAACGUAAGUGGAUGGUAGCUAGCAACGUUUUGCUAAUGUUAGCGAGCUAGCUAUACAGAUAACUAACUGGUGAUGCAGAAGUUGUUGGUUAGCUAGCAAGUUAGCAGCAGCAGCACGAGAAACAUGAACACAAACAAAAGUUACUAGUGUCUUUGACAUGCAUUUGCUGGCCGGCUAACAGCCAAAUGCUAGCAAGCUAACUUCUAUUGCCCACUAACAUGCCCUUUACCACACUCGCUAGCUAGUCCACUAACUAGCAUUGCCUUUUUAACCUUCAGGUUGUGAAUGAGUAAGGUAUUUCGUGAGAGACCGAACUUCACUGAUGCCUCAAGAUAUAGCGUUACACUAGCACUAUUUAUUUAAGUAAAUCAUAUUUAAUUUAAUUGCAAUAAUAUGCCCAGUCGACAAGUCGAUAGCUAACUAGCUAGUAACGUUAGUGCUUCUAACCGUAGCUGGCUUGCUUGAGGACUAACCACAUCUAACUAAUGUUUAGUAAACCUUUGUCAAACUGUUUUAUAUAAUAUUAUUGAGCUCUAACUGGAGUUACUAUUUAAUUGUGAAAAAAAGGCUAUUCAUGACCAUGGUUCGGCUAAAAUUUAGGCUGUCGUCAGCUAAUGCAAUUCAAAGUUACACAACUGACAUUUGUCAACUUGCAUAACCAUGCGCCACUUAGCGUCCUCUGAUUGUUACUGCAGCCAAUUAUAAAUGUAUAUUGGUACAUUUACAUUUUAGUCAUUUAGCAGACGCUCUUAUCCAGAGCGACUUACAGUUAGUGAAUACAUAUAUAUUUUUUUUGUUGUAAUUUUUUGUUUUUUUCAAACUGGUCCCCUGUGGUAGCUACUGUUAGUCUACUAAAGCUAUUCUUAAUAACAAAUACUAAAGUUGCUGCUCCCAAGCUUGACAGAUAAUACAUGUUGGUAAUGGCUAGAAAUAAUUCUCGAAAUAAUGUUUUCAAUAUGAUUCUAAAAUGUCAUGUUUUUCCUAUCCGUUUUAGCCAUAGGCUUAGAAGGAAGCAUAUCAAUUGAAUCGUCUGAUUGACUUUCAUCUUGCCACCUCUCUCCCCUUCAGUUGCCAGGUGCAGUAAUACCAUAAGGAUGUGUGUUACGACAUCUCUCAGAAGACAGUCUACUGCAACCGCUGCAGCCUUCGCCCAGCCAGCCUCCACCGCAACCCCAGAAGCUGUGGAAAGCAGGUCCAGUACAAUAGACUACAGAAAGGGACUAAAUAUCCCCUUUGAUUCAAGUUAUCUCUCGUACCCUGUCAUCAUUCAUAACCAAAUGUGUUGAGUGAGUAACUCCUCUGCAUGUAGACACAAGCCUAUUCUUCUAUGUCGAUGAAAGGACUAAAUUGAGGUCGGGAGCCCUGCACCAAGCAAAACAAACGCAGAUGCAUAAAGCUGUGUAUGUGAGCUGCAUUGAUUACACCCAAAAAAAGUAUUGCAGACUGAAGUUCAAUGAAGAGAUAGGGUCUCUUUUUAAAAAGGCAGCAGCCAAAACGUAAGGCCACGCUGAGCUUUAUUGGAUUCAAUAAAUGUAAGACUGAGCAAGAACAAACUAGAAGUUUGUGUGUGCCAUCUACGUUUGUGUGUGCCUGGGGAAAUAAAUACCUACUCUGGUCCACAGUAUAGUAUAGUAUAGUAGUAUAGGCCUCCCCACUCUGGUCCACAGUAUAGUAUAGUAGUAUAGGCCUAAUUUUGGGACAAAGACUGAUGCGUACCAUUUGGUUAUGUAUGUGGUAGAUCCUUCACACGGCCUUGCUCCAUGUCUUCCAAUGGCACAGCAGCUCUUUCUGGAUACAUGCCUAGAUAUCAGAGUUAUACAAGGGAUAUAUAUCUGCAUGGCUGUUUCAAUUCUAAAUAAUGAUACAGUAUUAAUGUAGUACUAUACAUAUCCUUGCAGAAAGCCCAAAACAGGGAUUCUGAUGAUGAACAUGGGAGGACCUGAGAAACUGGACGAUGUUCAUGAUUUCCUGCUGCGCCUCUUCUCCGACACCGAUCUGAUGAAGCUUCCUGUUCAGAAGUAAGUGUACUCACACAAACACACACACACAUUCAAGAGCAACAACACAAAGCAGAUCAUUGUACAGCAAAGGGGAGAUCAGAUAUAUUUGUCAGCUCUGUUUGGCCUGGGAUUAAGGUUUUGAGUGCUCAAGUACAUUUAUGUUUGCCUGGCCCAAGAUCUGUUUGUGCCGUCUUGCCAUGGAUAGAUAGAUAGAAAUGUUCCAUACGCACAAAAAGCUUAUUUCUCUCAAAUGUUGUGCACAAAUUCAUUUACGUCCCUGUUUUUUUAUAUCACAGCCAUAAAACUCUCAUUGGUGAAAUCCCUGAACAGUUUCCUUCCUCUCCGGCAACUGAGUUAGGAAGGAUGCCUGUAUCUUUGCAGUGACUGGGCUUACCGAUACCCCAUCCAAAGCCUGAUUUAAUAACUUCACCAUGCUCAAAGGGUUAUUCAAUGUCUAUUGUGUUUUUUGGGGGGGAAAUAUUUGUAAAAAAAAAAAAAAAAAAGGUACACACAUCUACCAAUAGGUGCCCAUAAAUUCAUUACUUGAUUAUUGAGGGACCUUGCAGAUAAUUGUAUGUGUGAAGUACAGAGAAGGUAGUCGUUCAAAGAUCAUGUUAAACACUAUUAUUGAACACGGAAUGAGUCCAUGCAACUUAUGACUUGUUAAGCACAUUUGUACUCCUCAACUUAUUUAGGCUUGCCAUAUCAAAGGGGUUGAAUACUUAUUGACUCAAGACAUUUCAGCUUUACAUAUUUAAUUCAUUUCUAAAAUGUUCUACAAACAAAAUGUAAUGCAUGCAUACAUACAGCGCCUUCAGAAAGUAUUGACACCCUUAUACUUUUUCCACAUUUUGUUGUUAAAGCAUUCAUUUAAAAAUGUUAUUAAAUUGACCUGACGCUGACCUACACACAAUACCCCAUAAUGUCAAAGUGGAAUUUUGUUUGUAGAACAUUUUUAGAAAAUAGUUGUAAUGUAAAGCUGAAAUGUCUUGAAAUGGAAGAAGGAGUUUGGAACCACCAAGACUCUUCCUAGAGCUGGCCGCCCGGCCAAACUGAGCAAUCGGGGGAGAAGGGCCUUGGUCAGGGAGGUGACCAAGAACCUAAUGGUCACUUUGACAAAGCUCCAGAAUUCCUCUGUGGAGAUGGGAGAAACUUCCAGAAGGACAACCAUCUCUUCAGCAGUCCACCAAUCAGGCAUUUAUGGUAGAGUGGCCAGACGGAAGCCACUCCUCAGUAAAAGGCACAUGACAGCUCGCUUGGGGUUUGCCAAAAGGCACCUAAAGGACUCUCAGACCAUGAGAAACAAGAUCCUCUGGUCUGAUGAAACCAAGAUUGAACUCUUUGGCCUGAAUGCCAAGCGUCAUGUCUGGAGGAAACCUGGCACCAUCCCUACGGUGAAGCAUGGUGGCGGCAGCAUCAUGCUGUGGGGAUGUUUUUCAGCGGCAGGGACUGGGAGACUAGUCAGGAUCGAGGGAAAGAUGAACAGAGCAAAGUACAGAGAGAUCCUUGAUGAAAACCUGCUCCAGAGCUCUCAGGACCUCAGACUGGGGUGCAGGUUCACCUUCCAACAGGACAAUGACCGUAAGCACACAGUCAAGACAACGCAGGAGUGGCUUCAGGACAAGUCUCUGAAUGUCCUUGAGUGGCCCAGCCAGAGCCCGGACGUGAACCCGAUCGAACAUCUCUGGAGAAACCUGAAAAUAGAUGUGCAGCGACGCUCCACAUCCAACCUGACAGAGCUUGAGAGGAUCUGCAGAGAAGAAUGGGAGAAACUCCCCAAAUACAGGUGUGCCAACCUUGUAGUGUCAUACCCAAGAAGACUCUAGGCUGUAAUCGCUGCCAAAGGUGCUUCAACAAAGUACUGAGUAAAGGGUCUGAAUUCUUAUGUAAAUGUAAUAUUUCAGUAUUUAUUUUAUUUGUUUUUUUAUUUGCAAAAACUGUCAUUUAUUGUGUGUAGAUUGAUGAGGGGGGGAAAAACUAUUUAAUCCAUUUUAGAAUAAGGCUGUAACGUAACAAAAUAUAGAAAAAGUCAAGGGGUCUGAAUACUUUCCGAAUGCACUGUACAUACAUACACACUGGGACCAGGCUUCAUUUAUUACUCCAAGAGUUGACGUGAUUUAUGACGAUGUGAAUCUCUCUCUUCCUCCUCAGUCGACUGGGGCCGUUCAUAGCGAAACGGCGUACCCCUAAGAUCCAGGAGCAGUACAGCCGGAUCGGAGGAGGCUCCCCCAUCAAGGCCUGGACCACCAUGCAGGGAGAGGGCAUGGUCAAACUGCUGGAUGAGAUGUGUCCGGAAACGGGUCAGACCAUAACACUUCAUAUCCCAUACGUAACACUUCAUAUCCCAUACGUAACACUUCAUAUCCCAUACGUAACACUUCAUAUCCCAUACGUAACACUUCAUAUCCCAUACGUAACACUUCAUAUCCCAUACGUAACACUUCAUAUCCCAUACGUAACACUUCAUAUCCCAUACGUAACACUUCAUAUCCCAUACGUAACACUUCAUAUCCCAUACGUAACACUUCAUAUCCCAUACGUAACACUUCAUAUCCCAUACGUAACACUUCAUAUCCCAUACGUAACACUUCAUAUCCCAUACACAACACUUCAUAUCCCAUACACAACACUUCAUAGCCCAUACACAACACUUCAUAUUCCAUACACAACACUUCAUAUUCCAUACACAACACUUCAUAGUCCAUACACAACACUUCAUAGUCCAUACAUAACACUUCAUAGUCCAUACAUAACACUUCAUAUUCCAUACAUAACACUUCAUAGCCCAUACAUAACCAGGGUUCUGGUGCUGCUAACUUUUUCAGUUGGUGGCACCAGCACAUGAUUUGGUCCAGAGUAUGUGAGCAGAGUUGAGCAGUCGGAAAUCCCACUCAGCACUCAGUCUUUGUGCAUCGCUCCGAAGCUCAAUGUCCUUUCCCCUGAUCCACUAAAAUUCGCUCGACGUUUACAGGAAAAGAAACUGCCUAUCCAAAAUGGCUCCAUACAUUGUUUUAUUUAAAAGUAUCAUUUCAUAAACACCCCAUCUACAUUAGUGACUGUAUACCAUUUGGUUUUGAAGUAGGCUAUCGUAGGAAGCUUUAACAUUGACCCAACAUGUCGUAGGCCAGAGAUCAUCAACUAGAUUCAGACGCGGGCCGAUUUUUUAUUUUAUUUUCUUGUGUGGAUGGUCAUGGGGCCGGAACAUAAUUACAAAUAACUUGUUGACUGCAAGAAGCCCAAACAGAAAUAAUAUUUGACUAAAACAAUAUUUUCAAACCUUGCUUACGUUUUGUAUAUGAUCACAUAUCUCUCUCUUAUGCGAGGGAAUACUUUGGAACAGAUUUCCUAAAUUAAAAUCACUUGGUGCUGACUUCCUGUUUACGUUAGUCUUGGUGCUGACUUCCUGUUUACUUUAGUCUUUUAUGCCCAACAAUGUUUUUGGUAAAGUAUUUAUUUUUGCUCAGAAAACGAAAUAAAACCGCCCGUGGGCCGCCAGUUGGGGAACACUGUUGUAGGUGAAGGACCUAGCUGAUGAUAGGCAGUUUCUCUGUUUAAAAAAAAACAAAAUAGCUUUUUGUUUUUCUCUAAUCUAUUGAUGAUCAGAUACUUCAGUUGUAACUGGCUCUGUUGCGCUCACAUUUUAGAGUUGAUCGAGCAACUUUAGGUACAGUUACAAACUUCUCAGGUAGCUUAGUGGGUAAGAGCGUUGUGCCAGUAAACGAAAGGUCGCUGGUUCUAAUCCCCGAGCCGACUAGGUGAAAAAUCUGUCGAUGUGCCCUUAAGCAAGGCACUUAACACUAAUUGCUCCUGUAAGUCGCUCUGGAUAAGAGCGUCUGCUAAAUGACUAAAAUGUUAAAAUGUUAAAUAGAAAUCAAAGUCUCUGGUGCUGCUGCAUGGGCUUAUUGGUUGUCUUGCCAUCAAUCAAACAGGCUGUGACCUUUUUCUUGGACUCAUGUCAUUAGUGGUGGGGUCGGCUAAAUAAAUACAACAGAAUAAUUAAAGCCUAAUUAAAAGAACCGUGAUGAAGGAAAUGAAAAAUGCUUUGGCAGAGCAUGCCCAGAGCUCGUGGCUGAUUGGUCGCACCCUUAAAAAAAAAAAAAAAAAAGUUUGUGUAUUUUUAUAAUUGCUGAUUACCUGGCCUGUCCCAUAAUGUGCCUGCAGAUGGGUGUGAGUGGAAGGAGAGCGUGUCACAUUCAAACUCACAAACACCGCUAGCUAGCUUUGAUAUGUUUUAGGUAGCAGCACUGACCCUGGGCUACACAAGUGGCCACAGUCACCAAAACAAACAGGCUGAGAAGUUGACUUUGUAGUGUUAAGAUGUGCUGGGUUCCUUUAUGUCUCACCACUGUCGUGUCGUAACAGUCGUUGACUCUGGCUGGGUGUGGUGGGGAGAUAGAGUGGUGUGUUUCUCCACACCCCUACACCACACCUUACUGAUAAGGCUUUACGUAGGCCCGUCUUAGGCCAAACAGAGUGGUCUUGUGUAACUUGGAUAGUUCAUAGAUGGCCUAAUUCAAAUUCUAUUCCCUAAGUGGAAGUCUAUUAUCCAUUUGACUAAUGCUUAGAUGGUAGAUUUGGAAUGAGGGCUGCCAUAUAUUCAACUUUACAGGACUCGCUUAUGUUUGUUUGUUUGUUUUGUUUGUUUGUGUCUACAGCUCCUCACAAGUUCUACAUAGGGUUCCGCUACGUGCAUCCUCUGACCGAAGAGGCUAUUGAGGAGAUGGAGAAGGAUGGGGUUGAGAGAGCAGUGGCCUUCACCCAGUACCCACAGUACAGCUGCUCUACCACAGGUAAGACUGGGCCCCACCUUCCUUCACCCAGUACAGCUGCUCUACCACAGGUAAGACUGGGCCCCACCUUCCUUCACCCAGUACAGCUGCUCUACCACAGGUAAGACUGGGCCCCACCUUCCUUCACCCAGUACAGCUGCUCUACCACAGGUAAGACUGGGCCCCACCUUCCUUCACCCAGUACAGCUGCUCUACCACAGGUAAGACUGGGCCCCACCUUCCUUCACCCAGUACAGCUGCUCUACCACAGGUAAGACUGGGCCCCACCUUCCUUCACCCAGUACAGCUGCUCUACCACAGGUAAGACUGGGCCCCACCUUCCUUCACCCAGUACCCACAGUACAGCUGCUCUACCACAGGUAAGACUGGGCCCCACCUUCCCUAAUAAAAGUUUGAUUUACAUAGCUCUUUUCCAUGUCCUCAUAGUGCUUCACAUUGUCAAGGGGCAUCUCAUCUCAUCCACUACGGUCCCUGUUCUGGACCUGUCACCCCUCUCACAUCUCACGCCAGUUAGUCUUGGCCUGGGAGUUACUGAUAAGCUGACCUAGUCUUGUUCUUAUCAAUACGAAAAGACCACAGGGUGACUGAACACGCCACACCCUGCAUCCCAUCCACUUAGUAUUCCUUUUGUAAAGUACUGUGUAAAACUGUUGAGGGGUUUUAUAAAUACAUGUGAUUGAUUUGAUUUCUCAACCGACGUUUUGUCUCUAUGCCCUUUCCCCAUUCUCUGACUUGGUCGCAGUGAACAGGGGGUCGCAGUGAACAGGGGGUCGCAGUGAACAGGGGGUCGCAGUGAACAGGGGGUCGCAGUGAACAGGGGGUCGCAGUGAACAGAGGGUCGCAGUGAACAUAUGUAAUCUCAUUGGAAUGGUGUGUUCUGUAUCUAACAGGCAGUAGUCUGAAUGCAAUCUACCGGUACUACAGCGGCAGAGCAGACAGGCCUAAGAUGAGGUGGAGCGUCAUCGACCGCUGGCCCACACACCCCCUGCUGGUCGAGGUGAGACACUCUAACUGUCAACAUUCAAAAUGAUUCCGCACGGAAGUUGCAGGGGUCUCAAUUCGCUCUGACUGAUAACCUCAAUGUGUUUUUUUUUUUUCUUUUACAUUUUGGAUGGCAAAUCCACUCAAGUUAUCAGAAUGUUGUAAUCUCUGAGGUUAAGAAAGAACAACGACUAACUUGAAUCAGGGUUAACUCCUAAAUGGGAAGACGCAUUGCUAUUUCUGGAGUCACCCAUUGCCCUCAUUGAAGAGUCUGCACUUAAGUCCAUGAUGUUACUCUAGGUUAAUUUGAACUGUAGUCGCAGUUAAAGCAGCAUUUUUAAGGCCAGAACAGAACAUGAUGUCAUGGAUAUAUCUGGACAAUAAUGUGAUUCCCUUCCUGCCUUGUAAUUUAGCUGUGUCUGAAAUGGAACCCUAUUCCGUACAUGGUACCCUAUUCCGUACAUGGUACCCUAUUCCGUACAUGGGACCCUAUUCCGUACAUGGGACCCUAUUCCGUACAUGGGACCCUAUUCCGUACAUGGGACCCUAUUCCGUACAUGGUACCCUAUUCCGUACAUGGUACCCUAUUCCGUACAUGGUACCCUAUUCCGUACAUGGUACCCAUAGGGCUCUGGUCAAAAGCAGUCGCUAGGCGGCCAUGUUGCUUGCUUCCGGGAUGGUAUCCUAUUCUCUAUAUAGUCCACUAGUUUUAACAGGGUCAACAGGGCUCUGGUCUAAAGUAAUGCACUGUAGGGGAUAGGGUGCUAUUUGUGACAUACACCUGUUCUCUCCAGAUAUCAGCCCGGUGUCGUGAAGUCCGAGGCAGUCCUAGUAUAGAUGGUUCAUGUAACUAUUUCACAGACUCAGUUUCUGUUCUAGUGGAAACGAAAGUGAAAACUGAGUCCGAAUUAACGAGCGAGGUUAAAAAGAGCAUCUCUAGGACAUCUCGUCCUACGCCAGAAAGGUGUUCACUAGGCACCAAAUGGGAAGAAAACAGACUGAAACAAUGAGGGACUUCCAGAACUUGUCCAACAUGUUUCUACGUUGCAAAACGUUUUGGUACGGUGUGCACUAAUAAAUCCGACACAGACAACUGUGCUAAUAGCAGACUGACCGUUGAGAGUCUUGGUAUAAAUGUCUGACUAAUAAUGUAUCUGUAUUGUCUCAUGGUAUAGGUCGUUAUCAAUAAAACGUCACAAUAAGGUGCGGAGCGUUCGAUUUGCCUGCUGGGGGGGGGACAAGGAGACCUGCAGCUCCGCUAAAACCAUUGACAACUGUGUGCCAUUUUUUCAAGGGAUUGUUAAAUAAAUGUUAUAACUAUUUGGUCGUAAUAUCGUCACCUCUUGAAGAGUGUAGUCAGAACUACACAUUUCAGAUUUUUCCAUGCAACGCAAUUGCUCACAUUUUAGCUCUAUCAUCAUCAUCAUCAUCAGAGUUAUAGGCUACACAACAGCAAGUAACCGCAUGCUUUUCAUGAUCAGUAAACAUCAAUUGAUCUUUUAAUUUCAGAUGCGUGACGGUAGCCUCACAAUAUCGGCCAACAUUAAUUGGAUAUUUGAGUGAUAGAAAAUAAAAAUGAACUAUCCCUGACAAGUAUGAGUGGUUUAGGUCAGUUUCCCAUCCUUUGUGGGCUCUGCCUGUCAAGCAGCAGAAGGGCGCAUUUGCCGAUAAUGUUUACGUUGCAAGCUUCCGGUAGAAACUUUGUACAGUUGGGUAGACCUAAUGUACUUUGUUCUCCAACCAACGUAGGGCUACCUAGCGAAGUUAGCUAACUUUAUCCCCUUUUCAACAUUGUCUUUAAGUGUUUAAUCACGAUUGCUGCUGACAGACAUGAUGGGCUACAUUGAUUGAUGGACCACGUCAAAUUGGUUAGCUAGAUAACCAAUCACUUCAAUAUGGCUAGUUAACGAGCUAACUUUCAGGGGAUAAACUAGUUGGCUAUAUCUAAAUAUUGUUUGAUUUGCUUGCCAUCUAUAGUGUUGAUGACAGUAGUCCUGGUAAAGAUGCCAGUCGGAUGAGGAUUUGGCGACGUCAAGCUCUUUCCAAAAGCGUGAUCUCUGAUGAAGCUAGCUAAAUGACACGUUGUUUGCUUAGCUAGCUAGCUAGCUAGCUACAGUGCCUUCAGAAAGUGUUCAUACACAUCAUGUGGGAAAUGUAAAGGGGUUACGCCAUGAAUUUAAAAUGGAUUACAUUUACAUUUAUUGUCACUGGCCUACAAAUAAUACCCCCUAAUGUCAAAAUGGAAUUAUGUUUUUCGAAAUAUUUACAAAUUAAUAAAAAAUGAAAAGCUGAAAUGUCUUGAGUCAAUAAGGAUUCAAUCCCUUUGUUAUGGCAUGCCUAAAUACGUUCAGGAGUAAAUAUUUGCUUAACAAGUCACGUAAUAAGUUGCAUGGACUCACUCUUACAAGCAUUUCGCUACACCCCGCAAUAACAUCUGCUAAAUAUGUGUAUGGGACCAAUCAAAUUAGAUUUUGUGUACAAUAAUAGUGUUUAACAUGAAUUUUGAAUGACUACCUCAUCUCUGUACACCACAUAUACAAUUAUCUGUAUGGUCCCUCAGUCGAGCAGUGAAUUUCAACCACAAAGAACGGGGAGGUUUUCCAAUGCCUUGCAAAGAAGGGCACCUAUUGGUAGAUUAAAAUAAAAUAAAAAUAAGUAUGCACUCACUAACUGUAAGUCGCUCUGGAUAAGAGCCUCUGCUAAAUGACUACAAUGUAGAUGGGUCAAAAUUAAAAAAGCAGACAUUGACCCUUUGAGCAUGGUGAAGUUAUUAAUUACACGUUGGAUGGUGUAUCAAUACACCCAGUCAUUACAAAGAUACAGGUGUCCUUCCUAACUCAGUUGCCGGAGAGGAAGGAAACCGCUCAGGGAUUUCACCAUGAGGCCAAUGGUGACUUUAAAACAAUUAGAGUUUAAUGGCUGUGAUAGGAGAAAACUGAAGAUGGAUCAACAACAUUGAAGUUAUUCCACAAUACUAACUUAAUUGCCAGAGUAAAAAGAAGGAAGCCUGUACAGAAUAAAAAUAUUCCAAAACAUGCAUCCUGUUUGCAACAAGGCACUAAAGCAAUACUGCAAGAAAUGUGACAAAGCAAUUCACUUUUCGUCCUGAAUACCAAAGUGUUAUGUUUCGGGCAAAUCCAAUACAACACGUUACUUAGGACCACUCUCCAUAUUUUCAUGCAUAGUGGUGGCUGCAUCAUGUUAUGGGUAUGCUUGUAAUCAUUAACGACUGGGGAGUUUUUUCAGGAUGAAAAAUAAACUAAAUGGAGCUAAGCACAGGCAAAAUUCUAGAGGAAAACCUGCUACACUCUGCUUUCCACCAGACACUGGGAGAUGAAUUCACCUUUCAGCAGGACAAUAACCUAAAACACAAGGCCAAAUCUACACUGGAGUUGCUUAGCAAGAAGACGGUGAAUGUUACUGAGUGGCCGAGUUACAGUUUUGACUUAAAUAUACUUGAAAAUCUAUGGAAUGACUUGAAAAUGGUUGUCUAGCAAUCAUCAACAACCAAUUUGACAGAGCUUGGUUAAUUUUGAAAAUAAUAAUAAUGGGCAAAUGUUGCACAAUCCAGUUGUUGAAAGCUCUUAUAGACUUACCCAGAAAGACUAACGGCUGUAAUCGCUUCCAAAGUAUUGACUUGGGUGUGAAUACUUAUGUAAAUGAGAUUUCUGUAUUUCAAUUCCCCACAUUUUCUAAAAACAUGUUUUCACAUUGGUAUCAUGGGUUAUUGUUUGUAGAUGGGGGAGGGGAGGUGGGGGGGACAUAUUUAAUCAAUUUUGAAUUCAGGUUCAAUGUGGAAUAGGUCAAGGGCUACGAAUACUUUCGUAAGGCACUGUACAUGCCAAAUGGAUCUGGCUUCCCUCACGUGUCUGAAAAUACAUGAUCAAUUGAUGUUUACUGGUCAUGAAAAGCAUGCUGUUACUUUCUGUAUAAUUCUGAUGUUAGAGCUAAAUGUGGAAUAAUCUGAAAUGUGUAGUUCUGACUAUACUCUUAAAGAGGUGAUGAUAUUAAAACCAAAUAGUUAUAACAUUUAUUUAACAAUCCCUUGAAAAACGGCACGUAGUUGUCAAUGGUUUAGCGGAGCUGGGGGUCUCCUUGCACCUCAGCAGCCAAUUUGAACACGCUGCACCUUUUUUAUUGAUGACGACAUAUAAAUAUCUAAUAAUGUAUCUGUAUUGUCUCCUGCAGUGUUUCUCCCAGCAUGUCCUCAACGAGCUGAAGAAGUUUCCCCCAGAGAAGAGGGACGAUGUGGUGAUCCUGUUCUCAGCUCACUCACUACCCAUGUCUGUGAGUACAGGACUACUGACCAUUCAUGUUCAAGUGAAUUAGAAAAAAGAAUCCUGUUUUCUACAUGCUAAGGACAGACAUCUAAUCAUGACAUCAGCAUUCCACAUGACAUCAGCAUUACUCAUGACAUCAGCAUUACACAUGACAUCAGCAUUACACAUGACAUCAGCAUUACUCAUGACAUCAGCAUUACACAUGACAUCAGCAUUAUACAUGACAUCAGCAUUACUCAUGACAUCAGCAUUACUCAUGACAUCAGCAUUACACAUGACAUCAGCAUUAUACAUGACAUCAGCAUUACUCAUGACAUCAGCAUUACUCAUGACAUCAGCAUUACUCAUGACAUCAGCAUUACACAUGACAUCAGCAUUACUCAUGACAUCAGCAUUCCACAUGACAUCAGCAUUACACAUGACAUCAGCAUUCCACAUGACAUCAGCAUUACUCAUGACAUCACCAUUUGUUGUACGCUAGACCUACUAGGGGGGAGGAGCUACUCUUAUGCAAGACGUUAUCAGUGGAGAUUAAACAUGGAUACUUUUUGUAGUAGAAAGGUCUGAUGGUUCAGUCUUGUUGUACUCUCUGUAUUCGUGAGUACAGUACUGACCAUUCGUAGAAUACAUAUUCCUCUAAGACGUUAUCAGGACAGUACUAAUUGAGGAUUUCAUUGAAGACUCAUGAUACGUGUUUUACUAAAAAUUAACAUUAAGUAAAAGCACUUUAUGUUGACGUGAAAAAGGAUGCAUAAAUAUAUUUUAUUUUAUUUGAUACAUUUUCCUUUCAACUUUUCCUUGAGAAAGAAGUGUUGUUGUCUGUACUCCCCUGUAGCUCAGUUGGUAGAGCAUGGCGCUUGCAACGCCAGGGUUGUGGGUUCCUUUCCCACGGGGGGGGGGCCAAUAUGAAAAUGUAUGCACUCACUAACUGUAAGUCGCUCUGGAUAAGAGCGUCUGCUAAAUGACUAAAAUGUAAAUGUAAAUGUCUGUGUAGAUGGUCAACCAGGCUAGUUUUCAGUGUUGUCUGUGUAGAUGGUCAACCAGGCUAGUUUUCAGUGUUGUCUGUGUAGAUUGUCAACCAGGCUAGUUGUCUGUGUAGAUGGUCAACCAGGCUAGUUUUCAGUGUUGUCCGUAUAGAUUGUCAACCAGGCUAGUUUUCUGUGUAGAUGGUCAACCAGGCUAGUUUUCAGUGUUGUCUGUAUAGAUUGUCAACCAGGCUAGUUUUCAGUGUUGUCUGUGUAGAUUGUCAACCAGGCUAGUUGUCUGUGUAGAUGGUCAACCAGGCUAGUUUUCAGUGUUGUCCGUAUAGAUUGUCAACCAGGCUAGUUUUCUGUGUAGAUGGUCAACCAGGCUAGUUUUCAGUGUUGUCUGUAUAGAUUGUCAACCAGGCUAGUUUUCAGUGUUGUCUGUGUAGAUGGUCAACCAGGCUAGUUUUCAGUGUUGUCUGUAUAGAUUGUCAACCAGGCUAGUUGUCUGUGUAGAUGGUCAACCAGGCUAGUUUUCCGUCUCAUUCUUGUCUCUCUCUAGGUGGUGAACAGGGGAGAUCCGUACCCUCAGGAGGUUGGAGCCACGGUGCAGAGAGUCAUGGAAAGACUACAGCACUGUAACCCCUACCGUCUGGUCUGGCAGUCCAGGGUAAGGACCCCACACACUGUAACCCCUACCGUCUGGUCUGGCAGUCCAGGGUAAGGACCCCACACUGUAACCCCUACCGUCUGGUCUGGCAGUCCAGGGUAAGGACCACACACACUGUAACCCCUACCGUCUGGUCUGGCAGUCCAGGGUAAGGACCCCACACUGUAACCCCUACCGUCUGGUCUGGCAGUCCAGGGUAAGGACCCACACACUGUAACCCCUACCGUCUGGUCUGGCAGUCCAGGGUAAGGACCCCACACUGUAACCCCUACCGUCUGGUCUGGCAGUCCAGGGUAAGGACCCCACACACUGUAACCCCUACCGUCUGUUCUGGCAGUCCAGGGUAAGGACCACACACUGUAACCCCUACCGUCUGGUCUGGCAGUCCAGGGUAAGGACCCCCACACUGUAACCCCUACCGUCUGGUCUGGCAGUCCAGGGUAAGGACCCCACACACUGUAACCCCUACCGUCUGGUCUGGCAGUCCAGGGUAAGGACCCCACACACUGUAACCCCUACCGUCUGGUCUGGCAGUCCAGGGUAAGGACCCCACACUGUAACCCCUACCGUCUGGUCUGGCAGUCCAGGGUAAGGACUACAGCACUGUAACCCCUACCGUCUGGUCUGGCAGUCCAGGGUAAGGACCCACACACUGUAACCCCUACCGUCUGGUCUGGCAGUCCAGGGUAAGGACCCCACACACUGUAACCCCUACCGUCUGGUCUGGCAGUCCAGGGUAAGGACCCCACACUGUAACCCCUACCGUCUGGUCUGGCAGUCCAGGGUAAGGACCCCACACACUGUAACCCCUACCGUCUGGUCUGGCAGUCCAGGGUAAGGACCCCACACUGUAACCCCUACCGUCUGGUCUGGCAGUCCAGGGUAAGGACCCCACACUGUAACCCCUACCGUCUGGUCUGGCAGUCCAGGGUAAGGACCCCACACACUGUAACCCCUACCGUCUGGUCUGGCAGUCCAGGGUAAGGACCCCACACACACACACACACACACACACACACACACACACACACACACACACACACACUAUGCUGUCUUUCAUCUGUGGUGCAGAGAAUUACAGCCCCAAAGCUAAGAUGACUUCUACCCUCAUGGUUACCUCUACCACACGGAGCCAAUGGCUCAGGACUGUAUUGUUGUGCUGUAGUGAUCUUGUGGUGAAAAGGCAUCUCCAUCCAUGAUACAACACUGUGUAGGGUGUCCACUCAACCCAGAAUGAGUGAAAAGGCGCUUUGGUGAUGAAGUCGUACUUCCUUUUGUUAUGAAAUACAUUUUACCAAGACGAAUGUUACGUUUUGCGGUCGUCGUCUUCAAAGUUGUUUCCGCGGGUCGUAAAAAGCGAAAUGAGCAUGACACAAGCUGAAUUAAACGUAAAAGGCUUUGAAAAUAAAAGCUUGGUUAUACGCUCAGUGCUCCGUUGACAUUUUCAGAGAUGCGCUUGUUUUUGUGAGGAAUCUUCGAAAAAAGAACAGGAGUUUUGAAUUGGUAUGAAAAGCGUGUACUAAAAUAUGAAAAUGCUACAUGUCGUCUCAAAAGCAGUCUCCAUAGAGGCGUCACUACAGACCCGGGUAGUGAUCAUUGAUAUUAUUGAUGUUUAAACGCGGGGCUGAGAUCAUUGAUAUUAUUGAUGUUUAAACGCAGGGCUGAGAUCAUUGAUAUUAUUGAUGUUUAAACGCAGGGCUGAGAUCAUUGAUAUUAUUGAUGUUUAAACGCGGGGCUGAGAUCAUUGAUAUUAUUGAUGUAUAAACGCGGGGCUGAGAUCAUUGAUAUUAUUGAUGUAUAAACGCAGGGCUGAGAUCAUUGAUAUUAUUGAUGUAUAAACGCAGGGACUGAGAUCAUUGAUAUUGAUGUAUAAACGCAGGGCUGAGAUCAUUGAUAUUAUUGAUGUUUAAACGCAGGGCUGAGAUCAUUGAUAUUAUUGAUGUUUAAACGCAGGGCUGAGAUCAUUGAUAUUAUUGAUGUUUAAACGCAGGGCUGAGAUCAUUGAUAUUAUUGAUGUUUAAACGCAGGGCUGAGAUCAUUGAUAUUGAUGUUUAAACGCAGGGCUGAGACAGAGCAGACCGAAAGCAUCUGAAGUGAUACAUGUAGACCCGAACCUGUGGUGAUCAGUACGUAAUGCCAGUCUAUAUGUGGUGGCCCUGGCCCUAACCCUAGCCCUGGCCCUAACGCUGGCCCUAACGCUGGCCCUAACGCUGGCCCUAACGCUGGCCCUAACGCUGGCCCUAACCCUGGCCCUGGCCCUAACCCUAACCCUGGGCCUCACCAGGUUUCAUAACUGACACAUCACAUAAUAAUUAGGUCAGCCACAGCAGUUUAACAGCAAGGAUCUUCUAAAUACUAUAUUAUCAAUUUGAUUAGAACUCUUAAUGUAUUCACAGAUAUAAUGCUCUGUCUUAAUUGAAAAGCCUGAAUUAUUUAAUUCCUUUUUAAUUAUGGAAAGUGUGUUGUGACCCAUGUGAAAUGCACUUAGGUGAAUUUUUAAUUUUUGCGUUGUCAUUUCAGAAAAUGUCUGUAAUAUAUCUGCAGUGAUAGUGGAAUGAUAGUGUUUCACAGUAUUACUUACCCACCAGUGUUGUGAUUGGCUGUAAUAUUCGCCUAUUGAUUUCUAUGACAACAGAUGCCGGAGCGGUGUCUGUUGUCAUAAUGGAAAAGAUGUUUCAACUUUAGCUGUGUUUAUCUAGUAGAAAUCGGGUCAAGUGGCCAAUGUAGAAAUCGCUCUGUCAUUUCCUGGUUGUGAAAAUGUUUCACUGUUCGCUCAAUUUCAGUUUGUGAGAAAACAAACACUGAAUAGUAUAUGGAAUCAUUGUACCAUCUAAAUUGCUGUGAAAUAUAUUUUCAAUAACACAAAAUAUAGUUUUUCCUGCUGUUUGAAGCUGGUGGACCAAAACCGAAAGUUAAAGGCUCGAGCGUCAGUCUCCACCAUGUUACAGAGAAGUGGGCGAGGGGGAGAUUAUGUUUUGAAUGCAGCCUAGUGCUGUUGCAAAUUCACCUAGCUUCCACAUACGUGAGAAAUUCUAGGUGUCGCAACCCUUUUCAAAUAAAUCUGACUUGAUUGUGUCUCUGUCCUCCCUAGGUGGGUCCUAUGCCAUGGCUGGGCCCUCAGACAGACGAUGUCAUCAAGGGUCUGUGUGAGCGGGGGAAGAAGAACCUUCUGCUGGUCCCCAUCGCCUUCACCAGCGACCACAUCGAGACGCUGCAUGAACUGGACAUCGAGUACUCUCAGGUGCUGGGAGAGGAGGUAUGUGGUACUGUACUGAGGUGUGAGUGAACUGGACAUCGAGUACUCUCAGGUGCUGGGAGAGGAGGUAUGUGUGAGCUAGACUCCCUCUUGAGGUCAGUUAAUUAAUUAAAUUUUAAUUAAUUUUUAAUUAAUUGGUCAUUUAGCAGACGCUCUUAUCCAGAGCGACUUACAGGAGCAAUUAGGGUUAAGUGCCUUGCUCAAGGGCACAUCGACAGAUUUUUCACCUAGUCGGCUUGGGGAUUAGAACCAGCGACCUUUCGGUUACUGGUACAACUCUCUUAACCACUAAGCUACCUGCCGCCGCGUUAUUAUGAUGUGGAAAACUGAGAAGUGAAGAUUAUACGUGACGGAUGUUAUCUAGAAAAGAGUGUCCUUACAUCAAAGAUUCUGACAUAUAAGCAGAAUAGUAGAGUGUCCUGAAGAGUGUGUGUGUGUGUGUGUGCGCGUGCGACAGGAGGACUAUAGCCACCAUACUAACAACAGAUCAGUUAGGAGUGGUGCCUAGCAUGCUUAGUAAUGUUUCUAAAACAAGGAAUAUAUUACUAGUAAGAAGUCAUGUGGUAUAUUUCUCAAUUUCAUAUUUUGUAUCCCGAGUCUUUUUAAUCAAAAUAUAAGACCCAUAUUUUCAGCUGCCCCCUUUUCAAGGUUACUGUGGUAAUGGGGCCACUGUGCCUGUGAGAGUCUGACUAGUAGAGGCCCCUGAGGUAUAACUGGUAUAAUAUUAACAGUAGAGGCCCCUGAGGUAUAACUGGUAUAAUAUUAACAGUAGAGGCCCCUGAGGUAUAACUGGUAUAAUAUUAACAGUAGAGGCCCCUGAGGUAUAACUGGUAUAAUAUUAACAGUAGAGGCCCCUGAGGUAUAACUGGUAUAAUAUUAACAGUAGAGGCCCCUGAGGUAUAACUGGUAUAAUAUUAACAGUAGAGGCCGACGACGUCGCUUCUCUUCACUAGCAGUGGAAGGAAACUCAAACAUUGAAAAACAACCUAUAACUUAUUCAAUAAACAGGACAAUAAAGUCUCUUCGUUUGACCAACUUUUAUGCCUGUGCACAUUACUUCAGCAAGCCAGCCCCCCAGCCAGCCAGCCCCCUAGCCAGCCCCCCAGUCAGCCAGCCCCCCAGCCAGCCAGCCCCCCAGCCAGCCAGCCCCCCAGUCAGCCAGCCCCCUAGCCAGCCCCCUAGCCAGCCAGCCAGCCAGUCAGCCAGCCAGUCAGUGUUGCUGCGGGGAGGUGGGGUAGGUAGCUAUAACGUUAGGAUUGCUAUUUCUUUGUGCAUUACCAGAUAUGAAACAAAAUGGCAGAAAUACUUUGAAAACAGCUACUGCGGGAUUUAUUUAGGUAUAAAUCACUACUCGCGCAUGUGCCCAUACUUGACUUUUGACUAUUUUUAUAAAAUGCUGGUACUGUAGAGCCCUUAGUGUGACCACUGGUGAAUUAGACGUUGCCAAUGCCAAAAUCUACCUGCAUUUGGCGGGUGUUCAUUUUAGGCUUUCUCUCCUCUCUCUCCCCGUGUCUCUCUCUCUGUCUCGUCUCUCCCCGUGUCUCUCUCCCCGUCUCUCGUCUCUCCCCGUCUCUCUCUCUGUCUCGUCUCUCUCCGUCUCUCUCUGUCUCGUCUCUCUCUGUCUCGUCUCUCUGUGUCUCGUCUCUCCCCGUCUGUCUCGUCUCUCCCCGUCUCUCUCUGUCUCUCUCUGUCUCGUCUCUCUCUGUCUCGUCUCUCCCCGUCUCUCUCUCUCUCUGUCUCGUCUCUCCCCGUCUCUCUCUCUCUGUCUCGUCUCUCCCCGUCUCUCUCUCUCUGUCUCGUCUCUCCCCGUCUCUCUCCGUCUCUCUCUGUCUCGUCUCUCCCCGUCUCUCUCUGUCUCGUCUCUCCCCGUCUCUCUCUGUCUCGUCUGUCUCGUCUCUCUCUGUCUCGUCUCUCUCUGUCUCGUCUCUCUCUGUCUCGUCUCUCUCUGUCUCGUCUCUCUCUGUCUCGUCUCUCCCCGUCUCUCUCUGUCUCGUCUCGCUCUGUCUCGUCUCUCCCCGUCUCUCUCUGUCUCGUCUCUCUCUGUCUCGUCUCUCCUCGUCUCUCUCUGUCUCGUCUCUCCUCUCUGUCUCGUCUCUCUCUGUCUCGUCUCUCCUCGUCUCUCCCCGUCUCUCGUCUCUCCCCGUCUCUCUCUCUCUCUCGUCUCUCUCUGUCUCGUCUCUCGUCUCUCCCCGUCUCUCUCUCUCCCCGUCAUCAGUCUCUGCGAUGUCCCUGCUAGGGCUCUCUUCUCCUUUGACUAGCUAGUGGUUUUUGAACCCCAUCCUCCCUGAGGGCCAACCCUAAAGCUGGAGCCACUUGUUGUUUAUCUCUGCUUCUGAUCUCAGAGCCCCUGGAUGUAGCCAGACCUGUCACUGAUAUUACAGUAGACUGAUCCCAGACCUGUCACUGAUAUUACAGUAGACUGAUCCCAGACCUGUCACUGAUAUUACAGUAGACUCAUCCCAGACCUGUCACUAAUAUUACAGUAGACUGAUCCCAGACCUGUCACUGAUAUUACAGUAGACUGUGUACCGUAAUUUUCGGACUAUAAUCCGCGCCUUUUUUCAAAAUUUUCGACCCUGCGGCUUAUAUAACGGUGCGGCUAAUCUAUGGAUUUUUACAGCUAACGGCCACUAGAAGACCUCCUAAAUCUAUGGAUUUUACAGGUUACAGUCCACCAACUUUAACUCUAUGGGCUCUAUGACCGGUCCGCGCCCCCCACCUUUAAGCGGCGGGCUCCAGCAGGAAAAGCUGGAGGCCGGAAAAGAGUGAGACAGGUAGCGCGCGCAAAAGUAAAAGUGGAACCAAGAGUGGUACGAGAGACAGAACGAGAGCAAGACAGACAGACAUUACGAGAGCGAGACAGUUUGUCUCUUUCCCGACAAUCCCCUCUGUGCACGAACCCUUACAUAUGGUAAUUAAACAUUAAAACACCUGCGGCUUAUAGUCCACUGUGGCUUAUAUAUGUCAACAUCAUUCAAUAUCAUUCAAUUUAGCUGCUGCGGCUUAUACUCCGGUGCGGAAAAUACGGUACUCUUCCGAGUCAUUAAAGGAGGACAUGGUUUCUGUAGGUUGAAUUGAGUUGUGUUUGUCUGUGGACCCUUAUUCUACCACUAUAGAAGUUUAAAGUAGACUGUCCCGUCCACCAGGCUAAAGUCUCAAGAAUAUUACUGACUGUACAGGAGAAUUCAAUGUCUGACUGUUGUUUUACCUUCCUGCUUGUUGUGGUGCUGAGUUAACCAAGUCCUAUGUUCUCUCACAGUGUGGUGUGGAAAACAUCCGAAGGGCUGAAUCUCUGAAUGGAAACCCAAUCUUUUUCCAGGUAAGAGAGGAAACUGACAUAUUUGAAAUGCUUUCUUCACAGUACAUAGGGGGGCCUAAGCGUCCUUAUCAAAAGCACCAACUUACAUUUUGUGAACUUGCCCAGCCCUGCCUGGUCCUACAUGUAAAUCUUCUUCUGUGGAAACUACUCCAGGUGGUUUUAGUCUUGGUCAUUCUCAGAUUGUUAAUUCCGUUAACCGCUGCCGCCUUCAAUUAGAAGCUGUUAAAGGAUUUGUAGCGUUAUCUAACGUAGUGACUGAGGGUCCAGAUGCUGAAAGGCCUCUUCUGUAAACGCCUUAAUACAGGUUUGGUUCCUUUACACGUUUCCAUAGAUGAAAGGAGAUUUGCUGUUGCAGUUCAAAUGUAUUUAUUACUCACUCAAGUUAAUUGUCCGUUGUGUGUCACACAGAUUCCAGGUUGGUAAGUGGUAAAAGACUGCAUUGUAAUCCAUUGUACUCCUGAGUGGCGCAGUGGUCUAAGGCACUGCAUUGCAGUGCUAACUGUGCCACUAGAGAUCCUGGUUCGAAUCCAGGCUCUGUCGCAGCCGGCCGCGACCGGGAGACUCAUGGGCGGCGCACAAUUGGCCCAGCGUCGUCCAGGGUAGGGGAGGGAAUGGCCGGCAGGGAUGUAGCUCAGUUGAUAGAGCAUGGCGUUUGCAACGCCAGGGUUGUGGGUUCGUUUCCCAGGGGGGGGCCAGUAUAAAAAAAAUAAAAAAUAUAUGUAUUCACUAACUGUAAGUCGCUCUGGAUAAGAGCGUCUGCUAAAUGACUAAAAUGUAAAUGUAAAAUGUUAAACGGGUUCCAAGUGGUAUGAACGGCAAAAGGGUCAAAUCCCAAAGUACAAAAUGAUAAGUAGCAACGUGCAAAUUAAAUCCAAAAGAAAUGGUAGAAAACUGUUGCUCUGCUAGGUGUCUUCCAUCAGGUCAAUCAGCUGUCCUCAUGCGUUACUGACACCAUCUUUACCCAAAACCCUUCAUUCUAUAUUCUUACAGGUAAACCAUAGGUUUCCACCGGGUGUCACAAUAGCAUCUGUAAAAGCCUUCUAAUAUACAUAUUUAACAUAAUGAAGUUUACAUACAUACAUUCCUCUACAAUAAUAAUAAUUUUCUAUACAUUUCUAUAUCUCUCAUAAAUCAGCCAAAAUAAGGUGAAUACAGUUUAUUUCUUACAUCAAAAUGGCUCUAGCGACGUGUGUUUUAAAAUGGAUGGCUAGACAGCCCAAGCAUGGGAUAAAGCAGUCAGUCAGUGUUGCAGUGUUGCUCAUUCAAUAUCCCCAGUGUAAGAUCCAAGCAAAUACGAGGCAUGUGCUGCUUCUCGCUUCUGACUCGGAGAGAUGGUGAGACUUAAACAUUGGUGCUGGGAUCAAAGAUGUUCAGUUCGGAGAGCCGUUUGACGCAGCAGCCCCUCCUUGAUCUCUGACUUCUAACUCUCUGUGAGGGGUUCGUUUAGAGAGGGGGACUGUGGGUGGUUGGUCUGAGCAGCACUACCAGACCCCAGCUAGCUAGCUGAGCUGGGAAGAAAGCCCCGGGGAACAGCUGUUUAAGAAAGGGAUUGCCCUAGCCCUCCUCUCCAUCCCUCUCUCCAUCCCCACUCAGUGCUCCUACAAGGCCGUCUCGCUCUCUUUCUGUCUCUCCCCCUCUUUCUUUCUCUCUAGGCUACUCUGCGUACUCUCUAGGCUACUCUGCGUACUCUCUAGGCUACUCUGCGUACUCUCUCGGCUACUCUGUGUACUCUCUAGGCUACUCUGUGUACUCUCUAGGCUACUCUGUGUACUCUCUAGGCUACUCUGUGUACUCUCUAGGCUACUCUGUGUACUCCCUAGGCUACUCUGCGUACUCUCUAGGCUACUCUGCGUACUCUCUAGGCUACUCUGUGUACUCUAGGCUACUCUGUGUACUCUCUAGGCUACUCUGCGUACUCUCUAGGCUACUCUGCGUACUCUCUAGGCUACUCUGCGUACUCUCUAGGCUACUCUGCGUACUCUCUAGGCUACUCUGCGUACUCUCUAGGCUACUCUGCGUACUCUCUAGGCUACUCUGUGUACUCUAGGCUACUCUGUGUACUCUCUAGGCUACUCUGCGUACUCUCUAGGCUACUCUGCGUACUCUCUAGGCUACUCUGUGUACUCUCUAGGCUACACUGUGUACUCUAGGCUACUCUGCGUACUCUCUAGGCUACUCUGUGUACUCUAGGCUACUCUGUGUACUCUCUAGGCUACUCUGCGUACUCUCUAGGCUACUCUGCGUACUCUCUAGGCUACUCUGCGUACUCUCUAGGCUACUCUACUCUGCGUACUCUCUAGGCUACUCUGCGUACUCUCUAGGCUACUCUGUGUACUCUAGGCUACUCUGUGUACUCUCUAGGCUACUCUGCGUACUCUCUAGGCUACUCUGCGUACUCUCUAGGCUACUCUGUGUACUCUCUAGGCUACUCUGUGUACUCUAGGCUACUCUGCGUACUCUCUAGGCUACUCUGCGUACUCUCUAGGCUACUCUGCGUACUCUCUAGGCUACACUGUGUACUCUAGGCUACUCUGCGUACUCUCUAGGCUACUCUGUGUACUCUCUAGGCUACUCUACGUACUGUCUCGGCUACUCUGCGAACUCUCUAGGCUACUCUGUGUACUCUCUAGGCUACUCUGCGUACUCUCUAGGCUACUCUGUGUACUCUCUAGGCUACUCUGUGUACUCUAGGCUACUCUGCGUACUCUCUAGGCUACUCUGCGUACUCUCUAGGCUACUCUGCGUACUCUCUAGGCUACUCUGUGUACUCCCUAGGCUACUCUGUGUACUCUCUAGGCUACUCUGCGUACUCUCUAGGCUACUCUGUGUACUCUCUAGGCUACUCUGCGUACUCUCUAGGCUACUCUGCGUACUCUAGGCUACUCUGUGUACUCUCUAGGCUACUCUACGUACUGUCUCGGCUACUCUGCGUACUCUCUAGGCUACUCUGCGUACUCUCUAGGCUACUCUGCGUACUCUCUAGGCUACUCUACCUACUGUCUCGGCUACUCUGUGUACUCUCUAGGCUACUCUUCGUACUCUAGGCUACUCUGCGUACUCUCUAGGCUACUCUACCUACUGUCUCGGCUACUCUGUGUACUCUCUAGGCUACUCUUCGUACUCUAGGCUACUCUUCGUACUCUAGGCUACUCUUCGUACUCUAGGCUACUCUGCGUACUCUCUAGGCUACUCUGCGUACUCUCUAGGCUACUCUGCGUACUCUCUAGGCUACUCUACCUACUGUCUCGGCUACUCUGUGUACUCUCUAGGCUACUCUUCGUACUCUAGGCUACUCUGCGUACUCUCUAGGCUACUCUGUGUACUCUCUAGGCUACUCUUCGUACUCUAGGCUACUCUGUGUACUCUCUAGGCUACUCUGUGUACUCUAGGCUACUCUGUGUACUCUCUAGGCUACUCUGUGUACUCUAGGCUACUCUGCGUACUCUCUAGGCUACUCUACGUACUCUCUAGGCUACUCUGUGUACUCUCUAGGCUACUCUGUGUACUCUAGGCUACUCUGUGUACUCUCUAGGCUACUCUGUGUACUCUAGGCUACUCUGCGUACUCUCUAGGCUACUCUACGUACUCUCUCGGCUACUCUGUGUACUCUCUAGGCUACUCUUCGUACUCUAGGCUACUCUGUGUACUCUCUAGGCUACUCUGCGUACUCUCUAGGCUACUCUGUGUACUCUCUAGGCUACUCUGCGUACUCUCUAGGCUACUCUGCGUACUCUCUAGGCUACUCUACGUACUGUCUCGGCUACUCUGCGUACUCUCUAGGCUACUCUGUGUACUCUAGGCUACUCUGCGUACUCUCUAGGCUACUCUGUGUACUCUAGGCUACUCUGUGUACUCUCUAGGCUACUCUGCGUACUCUCUAGGCUACUCUGUGUACUCUAGGCUACUCUGCGUACUCUCUAGGCUACUCUGUGUACUCUCUAGGCUACUCUUCGUACUCUAGGCUACUCUGUGUACUCUCUAGGCUACUCUUCGUACUCUAGGCUACUCUGUGUACUCUCUAGGCUACUCUGUGUACUCUCUAGGCUACUCUGUGUACUCUCUAGGCUACUCUGCGUACUCUCUAGGCUACUCUGCGUACUCUCUAGGCUACUCUGUGUACUCUCUAGGCUACUCUGUGUACUCUCUAGGCUACUCUGUGUACUCCCUAGGCUACUCUGUGUACUCUCUAGGCUACUCUGUGUACUCUCUAGGCUACUCUGUGUACUCUCUAGGCUACUCUGUGUACUCUCUAGGCUACUCUGUGUACUCUCUAGGCUACUCUGUGUACUCCCUAGGCUACUCUGUGUACUCUCUAGGCUACUCUGCGUACUCUCUAGGCUACUCUGUGUACUCUCUAGGCUACUCUGCGUACUCUCUAGGCUACUCUGUGUACUCUCUAGGCUACUCUGCGUACUCUCUAGGCUACUCUGUGUACUCUCUAGGCUACUCUGCGUACUCUCUAGGCUACUCUGUGUACUCUCUAGGCUACUCUGUGUACUCUCUAGGCUACUCUGUGUACUCUCUAGGCUACUCUGUGUACUCUCUAGGCUACUCUGCGUACUCUCUAGGCUACUCUGUGUACUCUCUAGGCUACUCUGUGUACUAUGUUUUUAUAAUGUGUAUUUAUUUUUUCAUUUUGUUUAUGGUGAAGUUGCUUAUGGGUAAGCAAUUCAAUGUAUUUUUUUUAUAUACAGUGAGGGAAAAAAGUAUUUGAUCCCCUGCUGAUUUUGUACAUUUGCCAACUGACAAAGACAUGAUCACUCUAUAAUUUUAAUGGUAGGUUUAUUUGAACAGUGAGAGACAGAAUAACAACAACAAAAUCCAGAAAAACGCAUGUCAAAAAUGUUAUAAAUUGAUUUGCAUUUUAAUUUAAUUCUCAAUCAGAAAGAUUUCUGGCUCCCAGGUGUCUUUUAUACAGGUAACGAGCUGAAAUUAGGAGCACACUCUUAAAGGGAGUGCACCUAAUCUCAGCUUGUUACCUGUAUAAAAGACACCUGUCCACAGAAGCAAUCAAUCAAUCAGAUUCCAAACUCUCCACCAUGGCCAAGACCAAAGAGCUCUCCAAGGAUGUCAGGGACAAGAUUUUAGACCUACACAAGGCUGGAAUGGGCUACAAGACCAUCGGCAAGCAGCUUGGUGAGAAGGUGACAACAGUUGGUGUGAUUAUUCGCAAAUGGAAGAAACACAAACGAACUGUCAAUCUCCCUCGGCCUGGGGCUCCAUGCAAGAUCUCACCUCGUGGAGUUGCAAUGAUCAUGAGAACGGUGAGGAAUCAGCCCAGAACUACACGGGAGGAUCUUGUCAAUGAAGGCAAUCAAUCAAGGCUGGGUAUUCCAGCAUGACAAUGACCCAAAACACACGGCCAAGGCAACAAAGGAGUGGCUCAAGAAGAAGCACAUUAAGGUCCUGGAGUGGCCUAGCCAGUCUCCAGACCUUAAUCCCAUAGAAAAUCUGUGGAGGGAGCUGAAGGUUCGAGUUGCCAAACGUCAGCCUCGAAACCUUAAUGACUUGGAGAAGAUCUGCAAAGAGGAGUGGGACAAAAUCCCUCCUGAGAUGUGAGCAAACCUGGUGGCCAACUACAAGAAAAGUCUGACCUUUGUGAUUGCCAACAAGGGUUUUGCCACCAAGUACUAAGUCAUGUUUUGCAGAGGGGUCAAAUACUUAUUUCCCUCAUUAAAAUACAAAUCAAUUUAUAACAUUUUUGACAUGCGUUUUUCUGGAUUUUUCUGUUGUUAUUCUGUCUCUCCCUGUUCAAAUAAACCUACCAUUAAAAUUAUAGACUGAUCAUGUCUUUGUCAGCGGGCAAACGUACAAAAUCAGCAGGGGAUCAAAUACUUUUUUCCCUCACUGUAUAUAUAUAUAUAUAUAUAUAUAUAUAUAUAUAUGACAAAUAAACCAAACAUUGACCCUUGCUUUCCUCUCUCAGGCUCUUGCUGACCUGGUCCAAACCCACCUGAAGUCAGGCGAGUCCUGCUCCCGUCAGCUCACCCUGCGCUGCCCACUGUGUAUCAACCCCACCUGCGGAGCAACCAAAGCCUUCUUCGCCAAUCAGAAAUGACCCUCCUCCUCCUCAAACCAUCUACUAGUGUUGCAAACUGCAGGUUACUAUCUCAAAAGUCCUGGUUUCCCUGAAAUCCUACUUGGAUGAUUCUGAAUUUCCUGUUUAUUUCUUCCUGAUUCCUGGAUUCUUCCAACCGGGAUUUCUGGGAAAGCUGGGAGUUCUGAGAAAGUCACCAGAAUUGUGGCACCCUACUCUCUAUCCAACUGUUACUACGGGACAGAGCACACAUUUCUAAGGAACCACCAUAAGAAGAAGCAGACAAACUAGUAAACAAGCUGUCAGUACGCACAGUGACGAGAAGAGGAGUUGCACUUAUUUUGUCCCCCCGCCGCUCGCUUACAUUCCAUCCGUUGAAUCCCUGGAAAACUAGAAUCCUUUCAAAGAUGAAGAGAAACUGUAUCCUUUCUCACCUGGUGCUUGUCCAGUUGGUUGUACGCCAAUGCUCUGGGACAGUUGUGAAGCGUGCUCCCCCUCCAUUCUGGUAUGUCAUCCAGUGUCUCUUUGAGACCCUCUCUGGUGUCUGGAGGACUGUCCCCUGAUUUGAGACCCUCUCUGGUGUCUGGAGGACUGUCCCCUGAUUUGAGACCCUCUCUGGUGUCUGGAGGACUGUCCCCUGAUUUGAGACCCUCUCUGGUGUCUGGAGGACUGUCCCCUGAUUUGAGACCCUCUAGUAUCUCCUCUCUGUCUUUAGAGUAUCCCUGCAUCCAUCCUUGUAGAGCCUCUCAUCCAGAGUCGAUGCUCUUACCUCUCCCACCCAGCAACCUCCUCUGACCUCUAAUCUCUUAUAGGGCACCAUCACCCCUGGCACCACUUCUACAAAGUGCUGCUGCACAUCUUGCCCCUGCAUGAGUCCCUGUCUCUCCCCGGCCGGCCUCUCACCUCCCUGCUUCGGUGCUGCAGGGUCCUCCAUUCCUGUCUCUCCCCGGCCAGCCUCUCACCUCCCUGCUUCGGUGCUGCAGAGUCCCCCAUCCCUGUCUCUCCCCGGCCGGCCUCUCACCUCCCUGCUUCGGUGCUGCAGAGUCCCCCAUCCCUGUCUCUCCCCGGCCGGCCUCUCACCUCCCUGCUUCGGUGCUACAGAGUCCCCCAUCCCUGUCUCUCCCCGGCCGGCCUCUCACCUCCCUGCUUCGGUGCUGCAGAGUCCCCCAUCCCUGUCUCCCCCCGGCCGGCCUCUCACCUCCCUGCUUCGGUCCUGCAGAGUCCCCCAUCCCUGUCUCUCCCCGGCCGGCCUCUCACCUCCCUGCUUCGGUGCUGCAGGGUCCCCCAUCCCUGUCUCCCCCCGGCCGGCCUCUCACCUCCCUGCUUCGGUCCUGCAGAGUCCUCCAUCCCUGUCUCUCCCCGGCCGGCCUCUCACCUCGCCUCUCAGCUCUGA